CACUCUUUCAUCAGGGAGAAAAGAUCCAGCCACAGCAACUGUUCCGCUCUCCGAGAUCUCAGCUCCCCCCUCCCCCUCCUCCUCCGGCAAUGCCUCCAUCGGCGGCCACCCCCGUGCUCCUCCUGCUGCUGCUCCUCGUGCAGGGGAGAGGAGGCCACGGCGCCAUCGGCAUCAGCAGCCUCGACAUGGACAUGGACAUGGACAUGGGGGUGGAGGCGGCGGCGCACGGGCGGCUGCUGUGGGCGACCGGCGGCGGGCGGAGGUACAUCAGCUACGACGCGCUGCGGGGGGACGCCGUGCCCUGCUCCCGGCCGGGGGUGCCCUACUACAACUGCCGCGUCAGCACCACCGCCAACCCCUACUCCCGCGGCUGCGAGUCCAUCACCCGCUGCCGCGACGACGACCCUUCCUAGUAGGUAACCACUCUAGUAAUUGAUUCUCAAAGCUGCUGGAUCCAGAAGGCGGCCGCUGCUCGUUUUGUGUGUGUUUUGCUUGCUGGGCAGUACUAUUUGCUGGAUCAUAUAUAUCAAUAAUGUAAUGUGUCCGUGUGUGUACUGCGUAGUACGAAUGUAACUAAGAUCCGAUUCCAACUCCCAAGAUAUUAUCACACGGAGGAACCUGGAUUAUAUAUUUAUAUGGAGUGUUAUAGUAUUAUAGAAACAUCCCAGGUAACA